GUAUAGCAACAGCAGUUUCAAUGAUUCGGGUGUGAUAUGCGAGAGGAACAUUUUUACUCGAAGCUUUACAAUGCAGUACAUAAGCAAAGCUUAAUAUCGACGGUGUAUCAGUAUUAUCUAUCAAUAUGACACUACAAAGAGAUAUGAAAGAUGUGGUAGAGAGCACCGAUGAGCUCAUGUUCGCCGAUGAGUCCGACACAGUGACUUCGGGCCUGAAAAGUAAGGACCGAAAGGAAAGCUUGACACCUAGUCAUAUUUCCAGCUGUCUGGAUGGCCCUAUGGGAAGUAUUAAGGAGCAUCAUGCCGAUUUUGAAGGACUCCCACACAUCCAGUAUAUUGAAUCCGAUCAGUCUUUCACAUGGAGAGCAACUGUGCUGGGUUCGCUUGUUGGUUCGCUGAUAGCUAUCUCAAAUAUGUAUCUCGGUCUUAAAUCGGGUAUCACAAUUGGAGCCACACUAUUUGCAACCCUCCUGGGUGGUGUCACUCUUGGGCCUAUCCUGAAGAUGACCGGGAAUGUACUUGGUAUUAAAGAACACACCUGCUUUCAGGCCGCCGGUACUGCAGCCGGCGGUUUGAAUGGUGGUUUGGUCGCACCUGUUCUUGUGUUGUUCUGGAACGGCUUCUUCACAGGCGGCGUUGGUAGCAAUAUUGGCAACUUAAUAGGGCUGGUAUUCGGUGCGGCUGGUUUUGGUCUAGUGUUCGCGGUAAGUUUGAGGAACUUCUUGAUUGUAAAGCAACCCGAGUUGGUUUUCCCAGAUGGUCGUGCCGCCGCUGAGAUUCUUAUCACUAUGUACUCGUCGGAAGAGGGGGCAGCUGAGGGGCGUGAGAAGACUCGCGUCAUGCUUUACUGCUUUGGUGUAGCGUUUGUGUUGCAGUGCAUAUCGUACUUCAUCCCGAUUCUAUACAGUGUGCCCAUCUUCCGCUAUUUAAGUAAUUGCCCCUGGGAGAGCUCGUGGCAGGAAUGCCAAGCUGAUGGUUACUAUGACUACUUCCUUUUCGCUGACAUGAUGGGGUUCGUACUGUACUUGGACCCCGUUUUUGUGGCCAGUGCCUUUAUGGUAGGUCCAUCGGUGAAUAUUUGGUUCUUAAUUGGUGCUGUAGUAGGAUGGUUCAUUCUCGUGCCCAUCGACUUCAACGCCGGCUACCUCGGAGAAACGCCAAGCUUUGGAAUUGGACGUGAUCACGUGCUUAUGUGGGCUUCAGUCGUAGCUAUGCUGGUGUGCUCCUUUAGUAUGAUCUUAAUCAAUUAUGAGGUUCUUGUGGAUAUGUACAAGGGUUUCAAGCAGGCCAUCACUAAACGAAAUGACGACGACGAAGACGAAGAGAACAAGACAAUCCUACCUGAGGGCAAUGAGCGUGACAUAGACACCCCUAUUUAUAUAUCUGCAUCUUUGCUAGCACUAACCAUUGGUGCCUGUCUGGCAAUUUACAUGGGUCUAUUCGGUGAUGAGUUGACCUGGGCGGAGAUGAUCUUAGGUAUUGCCAUUACUUUCCCAAUUGCCGUUGUGAACGCUCAAAUUAUGGGACGUACCAAUUGGAAUAUCGCUGCGCUUCUAGCGAAGUUGGUGAUGAUGAUUAUGGGCCUCAUGAGUUCAACGGCCAAUGCUAUGUUGAUCGUUGGUAAUAUGGUAUCCCAAUCUGCAGCUCAGACUGCAGAGGUCAGUCAGUGUUACAAAACAGGCCAUCUGGUAGGUGCUUCACCUCACGCACAAUUCAAGGCUCAGCUUGCCGGAACCGCAGUCGGUGGUUUAGUAUCUGUAAUGGCAUUCUGGCUAUACACCAUGGCUUACCCGUGCAUGCUGGAUCCAGAAGCUGAAUGCAUUUUUUCCAUGUCUGCUGCACGUGCCUGGGAUGCGCUUGCCGAAGGUAUCGAGCAGGGUGUAACCGUUGGCAACAGUCUAGACUACACUAUCACUGAGAGAGGUUUCUUGUACUUAAUCAUCUUCCCGUGCCUGACCGUUGUAGAGGGUCUGCUAUUUAAGUUUGUAAUACCCGAGCGAAUGAUGUGGAUGAAGCCCGUGUGGACGGUGUUCUUCUUAUCAUGGUUGUUGCCUGGUCAGUAUGCUGUGGCUCAGUUCUUCGGACAAUGCGUGCUUUGGUGCUGGCAGGCCGUAGCACCUCAACAGGUGGAGAUGUAUAAAUUCUCAGUCGCCGCUGGUCUCAUUGCCGGUGGUUGUGUCGCAAGUAUAGCCACUGCCAUCUUCAGCGUUUUUGAACUUAACGGGGUAUCAUGGGGUAUGGGUCCGUGAAUGUGAAGUGCCUUGUGGGGCAUUCAACUCCUAAAUAAACAAAAUACGAAAUAUGUUUGGUGAAGCACACACUAGCAUCAUAUUUUCGGAUUCGCCCACGUUGGGCAUAUUAACACAAUACACAAACUGACCAGACCAAACCCUGAGCGGGCGAGAAAAGAUACUCUGAUUGCAUCUUGCACAUGUCAUUCGUGUUCGCGUCGGACAAAGGACCAGGAAGUAUCUAUUAUAUCACAACCUAAGGGAGAACCAGGAAAGAACAACUAGCCACAUGGGCCUGCAACCAUAUAUUACAAUAAUAGAAUAUUUCACUAGAUAAAAUGUCAUAGUGCAUAUGCAUCAAUGGA